CUGUGUGCACGCGCGCGACCGGACAGUGGAGUAUUUUUGUUAAAAGACGGACUGUUAACCCGCAGAGGCCGAAUGACAGUUACCGUUUGAUUCACACUGGGUUUCUUUUGUUUAAAUUUCAGACAUAACGUAAUAAAAACAUUUCUACAAAUGGGUCCCGGGUAAAGUAGAGAGAAUAUUCCAGAAACACCGUGGACUGCGGGGGUUUCGAGCUCAGGGAGGGCAACGCAGCGGCCCGCGGCCGGGAAGGAGCUUAGCAGGCGGCAGGAGCAGCAGCAACACAAGGAGCCGCCGCCGGCCAUUGUGUGUCAAGAGGCGGAAUUCUCUCGUCGCCGAAGCCCCGUCCCCUGCUCCUUACUACCCUUCCUGAUUCUGUUCUGGGAGAUUUCAGACCAGUAUCAUCGCCAAGAUAGCCGGGCCGGGCAGGAAGAGGCACUCAGAUCCAGACCCCAGCAGCGAUAGUGAUUCCGGCGACGGGCAGCCUGUUAGCGCCAAGUGCCUGAAGAUGGCCAGCAGCGGAGGUACCGGUAUGGCUGGUAGUGAAACAGCGGGCCGUCGUGGUGGGGCUCAACCGAGAGGAGGAGGAGGAGGUGGGAGGGAGAACAGCUCAGACCUUUCCUCCAGUACCAGCAAGAAGAAGCAGAAGGACAGAGCCAACCAGGAGAGCAGAGAGGCCAAGAGGGCGGCAGCUGCUGCUGCUGCUGUGGUAGAAGGGGUCAUAGCAGAGGUCAAGAAAGACGUAUUUGUGGACUGGAAACAGAAUGUCAAUGAAGUGACUGUGAGGCUGCGCUGUGGGGAGGGGAUUCAGAGGAUAGAGGACAUCAACACAACCUUCACCGAUACACACUGCCUUGUGUGCUUCCCAGAUGGACGGCAGUGGAGCUGCCAGUUGCAGGAGGAAAUUGAGGCUUCAUGCAGCAGAGUCCAGUACAAGGAGAAGGGAGGUUUCCUGCAUCUCAUUAUGCACAAGAAGAUUCCCUUUCAUAUCUGGCCGUCGCUUAAGUCAAACAAGAAGGAGAAAGAGGCUGCACCACCAGAAACCAAAAAUGAGAAGGAACCCAAGGUGCUACCGGUUGCCUCGGGGUCAUCGGACAAUUCCAGACUGACCUCAGCACCGCCACAACUUCAUCCCCAUCCUCCCACCUCGCCGCUCGCCGAGUCAAGACGCACCGGUGGCAAAGCCGAGCGUUUAGCCAAGCGCUGUGUGAAAAACAAACCAGGGCGUGACAAGGCCACUUUAGACUCUGUAGAGAUGACGACGGGUGGAGCUGGCGACAGCCCAGGAGCCACCAGCAAGCCUGUUUCUAACACAAGGGGCGAUCAGCAGCAGCCUCAGGAACACAGUGCCAAGCGCUCCGUUGUGCAGCCGCCCAAGACCAUAAAGCAAGCUACAUCGUCUGCUGACAAGGACACACAUUGUGUAAACACCAAUGAUAAUAAAGCGCCUCACACACACCUGCCCGCUGGUCGGAGCCCGCAGACACAAUGCAGGGAUUUGGAUAACAGAGUAGAGAGACUGGACGGUGGUGAGGAGCAGAACGCUGGAGUUGCCGUCACUGCUGCAGACAGCCAUACCAACACAACUCAGGCGGCAGAGAAACAAAACCAGUCUUUAGAAAGGCGUGGGACUACAGGCGACGACGUCAAAAGCCAAUCAGCAACUCCCAAGAGCGACUGCCUCAAACCUGUCAUCUUCAACAACGACACAGACUCUGCUUCUCCACGCACAAGGCUGGGAGACGGGACAGACACGGAGCCACAGCCAGAGGAAAAACCUGUUGAGCAGGAAUCGGAGCAGGAUUCUCCGAUCCGGCAGCAGCUCGGGUCAACAGAGACGUUACCGGUACCGACUGUUGGAAUGGGUGCCAAACCUGCGGUCGCCGAGAGCCAGCAGGGCAGCAGUGACGGAGAGGAGAAGCGUGACCAGUUGAAGGAGGAGCCUUCUUUGGAGAUCAAGCAAGAGGAAGAGCCGAUGGUCAACCUGCAGUUUGUGAAGAAUGAUUCGUACGAGAAGGGCACGGACCUGAUGGUGGUUAACGUUUACAUGAAGGGCAUCUGCAGGGACACGGCCGGUGUCAUCUUCAGGGAGCAGGACUUCACCCUCAUCUUUCAGACGAGUGAUGCUAACUUUCUGCGGCUUCAGUCAGGCUGUGGACCAAACACGGUCUUCAAGUGGCAAGUCAAACUCAGGAACCUGAUCCAGCCUGAGCAGUGCAGCUAUUCGUUCACCCCGUCCCGCCUGGACAUCACCCUGAAGAAGAGACACAGCCAGCGCUGGGGGGCCCUGGAGGCUCCUGCCUCACAAGGUGCAGUGGGUGGUGCCAAGGUUGCUGUGCCCUCCAACCCUGCCUGCAUGGAGAAAAGCCAGCCAGGCAGCAGCCAGCACAGCCCCCCCGCCAAGGAGGAGCCUCCGAGGGUCGGCGAGGAGAAACCCAAGGCCCCGAAGGCCUCGUCCAGGGUGGAGGACGCUGGUCUGGAUUCGGUGGCUCCUCGCUCCGAGCAUGUUGCCAUCACUAAGCCGGAACCCACGGUUACUUCGCCUAAGCCUACCUGCAUGGUGCAGCCCAUGACUCAUGCACCUCCUGCCAGCAAUGAGCAGCAUGAGGAAGAGGAGGAGAAGAAGGUGUGCCUGCCUGGUUUUACAGGACUGGUCAACCUGGGCAACACCUGCUUCAUGAACAGUGUCAUCCAAACCCUGUCCAACACCAGAGAACUCAGGGAUUACUUCCAUGAUCGAGCGUUUGAGGCGGAAAUCAACUGCAGUAAUCCGCUAGGAACAGGAGGCAGACUCGCCAUCGGCUUUGCAGUGCUGCUCAGGGCCCUUUGGAAGGGAACACACCAUGCCUUCCAACCCUCAAAGCUCAAGGCAAUUGUUGCCAGUAAAGCCAGUCAGUUUACAGGCUACGCCCAGCACGAUGCCCAGGAGUUCAUGGCCUUCCUACUGGACGGGCUCCACGAAGACCUGAACCGGAUUCAGAAUAAACCGUACACGGAGACCGUCGACUCUGACGGACGGCUGGACGAGGUGGUGGCAGAGGAAGCGUGGCAAAGGCACAAGAUGAGGAACGACUCCUUCAUAGUCGACCUCUUCCAAGGCCAGUUUAAAUCCAAGCUUGUGUGCCCCACGUGCUCCAAGGUGUCCAUCACCUUUGACCCCUUCCUGUACCUGCCAGUCCCUUUGCCCCAGAAACAAAAGGUGCUCUCAGUUUUCUACUUUGCUAAGGAGCCCCAUAAAAAACCCAUCAAGUUUUUGGUGAGCGUGAGCAAAGAGAACUCCAGCACUGCUGAAGUCCUCGAAUCCAUUUCACGGAGCGUCAGGGUGAAACCAGAGAAUCUCAGACUUGCAGAGGUCGGGAAGAACCGUUUCCAGCGCAUGUUCCUCGCGUCCGAUUCCCUGGACACGGUGUCCUCUUCAGAUAUGCUGUUCUGCUUUGAGGUGCUAUCUAAAGACCUGGCCAAAGAGAGAGUGGUGUUGCUUCGAGUGCAACAGAAACUGCAGGUCCCUAAUAUCCCCAUCUCAAAGUGCGCCGCCUGCAUGAAGCCUCCGGUGUCGGACGAGGACAAGCUGAAGCGAUGCACUCGCUGCUAUCGCGUUGGCUACUGUAAUCAAGCUUGUCAGAGGACACACUGGCCCAAUCACAAGGCUCUGUGUCGACCCAACAUGGAGAAUGUGGGCCUGCCCUUCCUGGUCAGUGUGCCAGAGUCUCGACUCUCCUAUACCCGCCUCACUCAGCUGCUCGAGGGUUACUCCAGGUUCUCUGUCAACGUGUUCCAACCUCCUUUCCAGUCAGGCAGAACGUCCCCAGAAACAUCUCAGUGCCGGUUAGACCUUCCACCAGUGCCAUCGGGUUUACCUGACGGCGUUGGGAGUGGAGACGGGGCCACAGGUGGAAGCACUGGUCCUGUGACGGGUGCUGGCGAUGUGGGGCCGGACAGCCAGUCUGUGCCGCCUGAGUCGCAGGCAGAGUACAGCCAGGCCUCUGCCUCUCACUCUGUGGAGGCAGAUUCCCUCUCCUCCUCCCAGACUUCCCUCUCCACCAUGCACACGACAGAUUCAGGAUUCUCUGAGCCGGCCUCUACAGCGUCCUGCUGCUCUGUGGACCCUCAUGCUGAAAAAGAGACAUCCUGUGAGAAGGCAGUGCGGCCGGAAGCUGCUGUAACUGGAUAUCAGCAUCCGAGUGAGUCAGCAUCAGGUCACGCCAGUCAGUUCUACAUCUAUCUGAUGGACUCCAGCAACAAGGAACAGAGGCUGGAUGAGAAGGAGGACUUCCUCACAGACAUUUCUGAAGACAUGACCCUGGAGCUGGUGUGGAAGAACAACGAGCGUCUGAAGGAGUAUGUCCUGGUGAGCUCCAAGGAGCUGGAGUAUGAAGAAGACCCUGGUUCUCUGAGUGAGACGGCAAGAGCGGGACACUUCACCCUGGAACAGUGUCUCAACCUCUUCACCAAACCGGAGGUGUUGGCACCAGAGGAGGCAUGGUACUGUCCAAAGUGCCAGCAGCACCGCGAGGCCUCCAAGCAGCUGCUGCUGUGGCGUCUGCCCAACGUUCUGAUCAUCCAGCUCAAACGCUUCUCCUUCAGGAGCUUCAUCUGGAGGGAUAAGAUCAACGACAUGGUUGACUUCCCAGUCAGGAAUCUGGAUCUGAGUAAGUUCUGUAUCGGCCAGAAGGAUGAGAUGCAACAACCUCCCAUCUACGACUUGUACGGCGUCAUCAACCACUAUGGAGGAAUGAUCGGAGGCCAUUACACGGCCUACGCUCGCUUGCCGAGCGACAAGAACAGCCAGCGCAGUGAUGUUGGCUGGCGUCUGUUUGAUGACAGCACCGUGACCAUGGUGGAGGAGAGUCAGGUGGUGACGCGCUACGCUUACGUUCUCUUUUACCGGCGACGCAACUCCCCCGUAGAAAGACCGCCUCGCUUCCUAAGGCCCAUGGGAGCCGAGUCACCCACUGCCGCAGGAGCUACUGCCAGCCAGGCCUCUCUGAUAUGGCAGGAACUGGAGGAGGAAGAGGAGGGGCUUGUCGAAGGCCCCCGCGGACUGUUCCGCUCGUCGCUGUGGAGGCGGCAAACUCGGAUGAACCGAGGCGACGGAGACGAAGAUGAAGAAAAAGAAGAGAGGGCUGAAGGCUCGGUGCCACGGCGCCGGCGGCAGAGGAUGUCGGAAUAUCCCGACGACGACUGCGUGCGAUACUUUGUCGUGGGCACGCUGGCCGCCGUGUUUGCUCUGCUGGUCAACCUGGUCUAUCCGCUUCUUUACAAAAGCUGAGCAGCAGCUGCAAACCUGAUCAGAAACAUGAAUGUGAGGUUAGAGGUUUGAGACUUCGCCUCUCUGUCCUGCAACAUACCUCAACCUUGUUUUCAAAAAAGCUUUUGGUACUGCUUCACACCGUGGAUGACACUUAGGGCUUGUUUUGAGUGUUAAAGCGAUAGUUCAGGUGUCGCUGUGUAGUAAACGUAGUCAGAGCUGAGUGUGUUUGUGUAUUCACCCAUCUGGGAACUAGCGUUGGACACUCACUGAAAACAUGGCUGCCAGUGAGGAAGAAAAAACUAUUUAGCCUCAUAAAAUCCACACGGUUCAAUCUGCAACAUCUCAAAAUACAUGUGCCACAUUAUUUCACUGUUACAUACACUGUUAACUGAAGUGUGGAUCGCUUUGUUAUCCACCGACUCCCCAGUACCAAAGCCCAUAGAGAAAAUGAAGUCCAUGGCCUCUUCUCAAGCAAGUUUAUGUCACGGUGCACAAACGUUGAUCCACUUCUUCCUCUAUCAUUGGAUUCAAAUGUGUGAUUUAAUGAAUUCUGUGAAUCCUCGUUUCUGAUUAACAUAAACGACAGAAACUUGCCAAAUGUGGCAUCAGUAGAACAAACUUAUUUCCACUCCUAAAAACAAAUCACAUUUUUAGUCAAAAACCUGAACUAUCACUUUAAAUCUCAAGCUGUCCUACUCUGCAACACAGCUCAACAGUUUCAAAAGCAUUAGCACCAUUUCACACAGAUGUCACUGAGGACCUGUGUUAGCACAGAAAACCUGGUUCUGUUAAAAAACACGUCCUGUAGUUGGUUGAGUUCUGUCAGCGUGAAGUACAAAACAAUACCUCUGCUUCGUUUCCGCUCUCUUCCAGCUCCAUUUGUACUUAAACAGUUUCUAAGAUCAUACAGAUCUGGGUCUUCAUCAUGAAAACUUGAAUCCUUCUUCACUGAAGGACCAUGAAAACUGUGAGAUGUGCUUAAAGAGCUCAUGACGGUGUUGCUAAAUCUGUAUUUUUGUUUGGGUGGAAUAAGCUCUGUAGAUGUACAGUAAUAUGUGAAAGAUUUAUAAGCUGAGAAUUCCAGGAAAGUCUUCUGUCUCUCACCAGUGACACGUGAAACCACUGUCAAAGGCCUUUUAGUCCACUUUUUAUUGCACUACACUUUUAAAAGUAUCAAAUGUACGAGACGUUCAGCGGCUGCAGUUGAUCCUGGACUGAACUGAAGCUUCUGAUUUUCUCCUGAUGUGGAUUAUGCAUUGUUUUCUUCUUUUCACCCUUAAAUUAGCUGUUUAUGUCUUAUCUUAUGCUUUUAAGUGGCCUAUUUCAACAAUAUGUACUGUUUUUGAUUUGUCAAAUGUUGCAUAUUUUUUGUUACUAUUAUUAUUAUUAUUAUUGUUGUUGAGGAAACUGUCACUAUCUGUUCUUCAUCUCUGUUUCAACCAAGUAACAUGAAUUUCCGUCCACUAAUGCAACCUAUAACUAUGAGUAGUAUUCUUUUGAGCGGGAAUCUCGUAAACCCAGGGAUGCAGGAUUUCGUCGGCACACUAUCGGCCAAUAAUUGGUUGUUAAAUUAUGUUAUCGGGUUAUUGGAGACAUGCCCAAUGUUUAUGUUAAUUUCACUCCAGAGGAGACUAAAUGACCUCUGCAGCUGGACACACACACUGUGUCCCUCGUCGUCUAUUUGACUGCUUGUCUUUCACUGUGUGUCCUAAUGUCUUUACACUUUCUUAAAUCCAAUAAUUCUUGUUCUUGUUUAGUAUCGAGUUCUCAGGAAAAACUCCCUGUGCGUAAGACGGUGCAGAGUCACCUGGAUUUGCCUUAAGUGCUCGGACGUUAUGCAAUGGACUGAGGUCCAGUCCAGUCUGUAUAUUAUGAGACUGUGUAGCAUGUGCUCGACGUGUUUCACACGACUGUGGAAAUGAACUUGAAUGUGUGAGAGUGUGAAAUCUCCUGGUAAUCACCUGAUUGUAAAACGGCAGUGAAUUCACAUCCUUAGCAAAGAAUUACAGCAUCGAAAUUAUCAAUAACUGAAUUAAUGGGCAGCUAUUGUAACUUGAGUUUUAAAGCUUCUGGAAUGUGAAUAUUCUCUGAAUUCAUUCGUCCAUGUCAAAGAAACUUAGUUUGGGAAACACUGAUGACCAAGUACCAAAUUCCACAGAGAAAAUCAGCAAUUUUAUGUCACAGCACACAAUAGUUGUGGAUCCACUAAUUCCUGUCACUGAGUUAAAAUGUUUAAUUUUAUGAAUUCUGUAUUUGAAAUCCUUGUUUUGUGAAUUACACGUGCGACACAAAUUGACCAAACAUGGCAGCAGUAGAGCAGCAGCCCGUGUGUGCAGAAGAGUGAGCCGUCACUCAGACUUCAGCUCUGCGACACUACAACACAACUUAGUUGAAACCAUUUAAUGGCCCAGAAUGAACUUAUUUGUUAAUUGGAGAAAAUAAUCGACUGAUAAAUCAAUAAUUUGCUGCAGCUCUAAUCUGAAUGUUGAUGUUUUACUUUGUUUGAUUAUAGGAUAAAACCAUGAAUGUUGUAUGUUGAAAGAAUAACCUUGUAUUUUUAUGGAAAUAAUCUAAAAUGUCUAUAAUAUAGUUAUUAUGAUGAUUAUGUAAUCGUAGUUUCCUGCAAUAAUGUAUCUAAGAUACCUCCCAUCCAAGUGCUGCUUUGUAGAACAUUAAAACCAUUGUUUUGAAAAUAAA